GCUGCUGCAGCUCAAACUCCAGCACCGAACCAACCCCGUUAUCACCAAACCUCAAAUCACAAUCAGUAAUUACGCUAAUUUAAAGAUCUCCGGGAUUUCUGCUCUUUGUUGCAAUCUUACUUUCUGCAAAUGCAGGCAAUAAAGUGUGUGGUUGUCGGCGAUGGAGCCGUGGGUAAAACCUGUCUGCUGAUCAGUUACACUACCAAUGCCUUCCCCGGGGAGUACAUCCCCACAGUCUUUGAUAACUACUCUGCCAAUGUGAUGGUGGAUGGCAAGCCGGUGAACCUGGGAUUGUGGGACACUGCUGGCCAGGAGGACUACGACAGGCUCAGGCCACUCUCUUACCCACAGACGGACGUGUUCUUGAUAUGCUUUUCCUUGGUGAGCCCAGCGUCCUUCGAGAAUGUCCGAGCGAAGUGGUACCCGGAGGUGCGGCAUCACUGUCCAAACACACCAAUCAUCCUGGUGGGGACCAAACUGGACUUGCGGGACGACAAGGACACGAUCGAACGUCUCCGGGACAAGAAACUGGCCCCUAUCACCUACCCACAGGGGCUGGCAAUGGCCAGGGAGAUAGGUGCUGUGAAAUACCUGGAGUGCUCGGCUCUCACUCAGCGCGGUUUGAAGACCGUGUUUGACGAGGCCAUCCGAGCGGUGCUGUGCCCCCCGCCUAUCAAGAAACGAGGCAAGAAGUGCACCGUCUUUUGAGAGAACCCUAACAGCAGCCAUCUCAGGAAUUAAAAAAAAUCAAACGGGGGGUGAACACACACAAAUCAUUCGCUGUUUUUUUGUUUUGUUUUGUUUUGUUUUUUUUUUUUUUAUGAGAAAAAAUUAAUAAAAUUCAAUUUUCGGCCAGUGAAGGGGGAGAAGGGAAGGGGGUUGGUGAAAUUCACUGCGUGUACCCCCUUCUAAAAAAAGAAAAAGAAAAACAAGUUUCUGUCAGAAUCUGCCUUAAAAUUUGUACGAAAAAAAGGCGACUUAGGUUGUUGCAUGAUUGUGAGUGACUAAAGAAAAGGUAUUUUAAAACACACACACACACACACAAAAUCCCCUUUCAUCUGAAGUUUCAUAAAUACUGUUUUAACAAAAAAAAAAAGAUGUCCCUCAAUUUCAAAAUGUAAUUUGAAAAAUGGUUUUGGUAACAGUGUUGAAAUGUGGGCAUGGCUAGUAUUACUAAUGUAUUCAUCUUUAUUGUGUGAAUGUUGCUUUGAAGGAACUCUUAGAUGUGAAACUCCUGUAUAUUGUGGUACUUGCAGAGUUUAAGCUUAACCAGCUGACACUUCAUGGCUACAGUCUGUUAUGCUGUGACUUAAACAGUGAGAACUCUGUGUAAAUGUAGAUAACCAAUGUGUAUAAACACACAUCUCCUUGUGUACUAAUACCGAUCAUAUUAAUAUAGCCUAACGGGUGCCUUGGAGUCCCGUUUCGGAGAGUAGUAAAAAUUGUAAUGGGGUUCGGAAGUGUCCUAAUGGUGACUUGUCUUAUUUAAAAAAAGUGCGGCUGUUUUAAUAUUUAGAAAAGAGUAACUGCUCCAUAGCUGAGAAAUUCAAGUGACGGUUUGAGGCAGAAGAUGAAGAUCAAUACACUGUCUCCAUUCUCCAAUAGGUAUAGUCUUAAUUGGAUGAAUCGGUGUCUUUAAGCUUGUGAAUAAAACACAGAGAUAGUAGCUUGCAUUGCAGGAUGUUGAAAUAUCUCCUGUUUAAUUUCUAUGUACUGUAAUGCAAUGGUGUGGAAGCUGGCUGCACCCCAGCACCAAUCCUAGGAUCUCGCUGUGCUGUUUACAUUGUUAGUGUCUUGUUUUUCGGAGUGCAUAAAUAAUGUGUGUUUCCACAGUUGAAUCCAAUGGUGCGUGUCGCUUUAGUCUAGCUUUAUUAUCCUGGAUACCAUUACAGUUGUAGUUGAGUGUUAUAUCUCCAUGUCAUGUCCCCCAUUAGAUUCAGAGAUUCAGUAGCAACUAUACUGUCAGUGUAAAUAACAUUCUAAACAUACAGUGUAUGAGCUCUUCGACUCAGGAAGAGCCUGCCUCUGAAACAGAUCCAACCCAAAGACAAGCUGUAGAUCUCUUACCGUUGGGAUUGUUUUUAAUCUUCAUUUCUACCGGUUUUAUUGUCUUUUUAAAUGCAUACAGCGUUCUUUGGUAGCAAAACGUCUUGUAUGUUUAUCCUUGUUGCGUGGCUACCUCUCUCAUGUUUUAAGACGUCUGUCUCUUGGCAUCCUUUUGUACAGACCCAGAACAAUAAUGCACAAGACUUCACUUAGAACAUGGCCAAUGAUUCAACAGAGCUCAGAUAACAUUCUCUACGAUUGCUAUUUCCAGGAAAAGGGUUAUAUGAUGGUCACCAAAUGAAUGUGUCAAGGUACCCAACCGCUCUGAGCAGCAAGAACCUGUCUACUCUCCUUCCAAGCACAGGCUGUCCAGGUGCAAGCGCACUGUCCCUGUUACGCUCUGAAAAUCUUAAAAAGGUUAAUUGGGAUUUGACAUGACUUGACUUCACUAUGUUAAUGCAGUAGAGCACCUCUAUGCUUUUUAGUUUACAGUGGGGUUCCAUUUUAGAUUCAGGAGCUAAGAGGGGACACUCUUAAUGAGAAGGUGCUAAAAAAAACAAAAAAAAGGGUUUUGAGCUCUGUGUACUGUAGUCGUCAGCUUCUGCAAUGCCAGUAGGCAGUAAUGGUAACGUGUUUUUGCUUUUUUUUUUUUUUUUUUUUAUAACUAUUUGUUAUAUCGCCUAAAUGUUAAAAGUCUUAAGUGGUGAAUACAACAGUACCAUAAGAAGGUGCUAUGUGUUUGAAUCUAAGGGAGCUCUCUAGAUCCAUUAUCUGUUUUAUAUACCCAGUCUAAUAUGGACAAAGGGAUUGCAGGGAGGCCAAAUACAUACAGCUUCUGAAUUAAAUACACAGGAUUAAUUGGCCAAUAUAAGAA